AUGGCAGAACGAAUCCUUUCUAACCCAGACAACAACAACCUGAAAGCGCAGACCCUGGAUCAUGACAUCCCUGCCCCUAGGGAAAUCCCUCAGGAGGAGGUAGUUCUCAAGCGGGUCGCGCGGCCUCUGAGGCACGUCAAGUACAUUCCUGUGAAAAGCCUGGCGUUUUUCUCCAAGAACAACCCCCCACGGUUCUCUUACGAAACUCGCAUCAAGACGCCUGUUCCGAAGGACAAGCUUGUGGUGCAGGUUCGAAAUGCGGCACUGAAUCCCGUGGAUUUGAAGAUAAUGAACAGCUAUACACAUAACAUGAAUCGCGAAGUUGGCUUGGGCAGAGAAUAUAGCGGUGUCAUCACGGAGGUCGGAGGUGACCUCCACUCUGAGUGGAAGGAGGGCGACGAGGUGUAUGGCGUAUUUUUUCACCCCAACCUAGGCUACGGCACUGUGCAAAGCUCUAUUCUGGUCUCGCCGGCACAGGACGUGAUUCUGCGCAAGCCCUCCAACAUCAGCUUUCAGGCAGCCUCCGGCACCCUGUUUUGCCUUGGCACGGCAUUCAACAUUUUGGACAGCUUGGAAUCCAAAGGGCAGCUCAACGAGUCCACCAAUGUGCUCAUCAAUGGAGGCACCACGAGCGUUGCUAUGUUUGCUAUUCAGCUUUUAAAGUAUCACUACAGAAUCCCCAAGAAACUCGUCGUUUUGUGCUCCGAGUAUGGCGCUACUCUUUUGAAAUCUCACUUUCCAGACCUGUGCGACGAGCUAAUCUUCGUCAACUAUGUGAUGAAUGCCAGACGAAUCUACAAGCCGCUCGAGGACAUGAUAAAUAACAGGGAAACUAUCAGUUACGAGGCGGAGUCUGGUCAACCAAUAUCCAGCCCUUACGACCAGGGGAAGUUCAACUUAAUACUCGAUUUUGUGGGCGGAUAUCAACUUGUCAGCCAUAGUAGCUCCUUGUUGAAAAAGAACGGCGCUUAUGUGACAACAGUAGGCGAUUACCGGGCAAACUAUGCCAAGGACGUUUUUAACUCCUGGGACAACCCUAGUGCCAAUGUCAGAAAAGUUUUUGGCAGAAUCCUGUGGACUUUUGACUACACUCACUUCUACUUCGAUCCAAACGCUAAAUAUGCUAAAAACGAUUGGCCAGCCAAGUGUGCAGAGCUUGUUGAAAGCGAGGUGGUGAAAUGUGUUGUGGACAAAGUGUACGACUGGAAAGACUUCACGCAGGCAUUGGACUACCUGAAGCAAGGGCACUGCCACGGCAAGGUCAUUUUGGAUAUUGAGAAAUUUUGA